AUGAGUUCUAAGGGUGAUUCUGAGUUGGAUAAAUCUGGUCAAAGGUAUAUAUUGUGUUUCCUUACUAAUUUUAAUGUUUUAAGUCGUAAAAUGUACAUAUCUCGUGGGUUAAAGUAGGCGCCUUUGACCCGCUCAUCGAAUUAUAAAUAUCAAUUCCCUAGUUUACUUAUAUAAGCCACCGAGUCUUUGAAUAUUUUACUAAAUUAUUUUAUUUUGGGAUUUUAAAAAGUAUGUGUUUCAAAGCAGAUCUACACUCGUCCCUAAAUUUUUCCCUCGUGUCAUGCAAGCUUGCUUGAUAACUCUUACUGAGAUUACCCUUAGUAACAUGUGAGAAUUUCACCUAGCAACGGUUGCAUUUAAGUUCUCAUAUUAGACGCCUUUUCCAAGUGUUAUGAGGUAGUGCGAAUUGUUUAUUGUGUCAUUAUUAUUAUUAUUAUUUUUUUUUUUUUUUCAUGUCCAUGUUGGUGUCUCUUCUGCUUCGUAGAGCUGCUUCGCUCUAACCCAAAAUUGCGUGGUAUUGUUCCAGAAAAUAUACAUAAUUUUCCACUGGAGGGAUUUUUGACUUACAUAGCCCAUUACCCUCUAGAAAUUAAAUUUAACAUUGUUAUAAUGUUAGCAUUUAACAGGGUUGUCAGAAAGUUUUAAAGUAGACAGCUGAGUUGUCAAAGUAAGCAACCGGUCCAGGGACAUUUUAUUUAAAAAUCGCCAUCCAUAAACAAAUGCAAAGUAUAGUAGCUGGCCACUACUAACCAAGUAGGCAGCGAUUUUUGCCGGCAGCCGGCUACUUUUAACAACCCUGAUUUAAGACCCUCCAACCCUCUCCCCCCUUGGGUUUUGCAAUGUCUCCCCAUUAGAUUGGUAUGGAUAUUUUCUGGAAUGACCCAUUCUUCUUACUGAAGCAGUUAAUCUUGAAUUGAGCUGAACAAGGAUGCAUUUUUUCCGGAUAAAAAAAAUUAACACAGACAGGCAGUGACAAAACUUAGUGACAAGACCUGGAACACAGUAACAACAAAAAUUGGACUUCAACACACAAAUACUGUUCAAUAAAUUUAUACAGACCUGUACACCAGGAGUUAUAGACAACAACAAAACGUUGUGAAAAGAAGUGGAUUUUUUUAUUUGCAACAAUAAUCCUCCAAGAUUUUCCUAAGUUUCAGUUUACAUGAGUUGACUCAUGCAGGUCUGUUACAUGAAUCUGGUGCGCAAUUCGACCCACAUAAACCUUUUACUCUUUCCAUUCACACUGUUUGUUUUCAUUUUUAAUUUUUAGGGACAAUGAAGAAUCACCUGAGAAGAGUGUUUGGCUCAAUGCUCAUCAAGAUCCAAUGGCAUCUUUGUACACUUUCUCCACAUCAGUCGCCUUAGCUGAUCUGAAUGCAGAUUCAGAUUACAAACUCCUUGUAGCAGACCUGGGCACUGGCACAUUUGACAUGAAGCUAAAGGUCUUCAAAGGGACAACCUUGUUCAUGGAGAGUGCUAUUAUUGAUCUACCAACAGCCCUGGUAUCCUUCUACAUGGAUACAAAUGAUCCCCGCACCCCUGCUGUUGCUGUGGCAUCUGGUCCAUUUAUUUAUGUGUACAAGAAUUUGAGGCCUUAUUUCAAGUUCACAUUACCACCACUGGAAGUCAAUGCUGUAGAGCAAGACCUGUGGAACCAGGCUAAAGAUGACAAAAUCGAUGUCCUCGUGCUCAGGGAGAUGUUGGAAAGUUUGAAAAAUGAAGGAAGCGAGGGUCGACUUACAGUUCGCUCUCUGAAGCUUCUUUCUCUGGAACCAGAAGAGCUAGAAGCUUUUGCCAGUGUCCACAAACAUGCACCACUGAAGCGGCAAACUGUGAUCACUUGCAUGGGAACAAUGAAAAAGAGUGUUGCAGAUGACGAUGCUGUUAGCUGUCUGGUGAUUGGCACGGAAAGCAAAGAUGUCUUCAUUUUGGAUCCUGAAGCCUUCACCGUUCUUGCAAAAAUGGACCUACCAAGUGUGCCUGUAUUCAUCUCAGUUAAUGGCCUCUUUGAUGUUGAGUUUCGCAUUGUUGUUGCUUGCCGUGAUGGCAAGGUUUACACAUUAAAAAGAGGCAGUAAGAUGGCUAAAGCUUGCAUUGAGCUGGGAGCACAGGCAGUUGGUUUGGAACGCACUGGUAAAAGCAUUAUAGUUGGCUGUAUGAAUGACACCUUGGUGUGUUACUCGACUAAAGGGAAGAAACUAUGGACAGUUUAUCUCCCUAGCAACAUCACAACAAUGAGUCUAAUGGACCACAAAGCUAGGGGAUUCAAGGCUGUCAUGGUUGCUUUGAGUAAUGGUGAAGUCAGAAUUUACAAGGAGAAGUAUCUUGUGAAUACACUGAAAAUGCCAGAUGCUGUCACUGCUAUGAAGUUUGGCCGCUUUGGUCGCGAGGACAGUACGUUGAUUUUGGUUACCAAAGGUGGUGGACUAUUUGUGAAAAUGUUAAAAAGAACGGCAAACUUUGAAGGGAAGGACUUGACUCCAGGCCCACCCCCAGCACAAUCCAUCAAGCUCAAUGUCCCAAAGAAAACAAAGCUCUUUGUUGAUCAGACCCUGCGUGAGCGUGACAGUGCCAGUAGCAUGCACAGAAUGUUUCAGCAUGAUUUGUAUUUGCUCCGUCUGAUGUCUGCAAGAUCCUACGUCAGCGCAUUAAAAAAGAGCUUAAACCCCAUUUCAUCUUCUACCACAGAACCAUUAAAACUCUCAGCACAAGUUCAUGGCAUUGGCCCAGCCUUCAAGCUGACAGUAAACCUGCAGAAUAUUUCAUCCAGUGUGCCAUCAACAAACCUGCUCAUCACUUUUCAGUUUGAUGACUCGCUGUAUGCGCUGUCAAAGCCUUGCAUUACUGUUCCUCUGCUUGUUCCAGGGUUGAUGUAUACGUAUGAAACUCUGGUAGAAUGCAUCAGCGAUAAGGGCAUUUCAGAUUCUAUCAAAGUGUUUGUCUUACAUCAGGGUAACAGUGUUCCUGUUAUCACAGCUGUCAUCAACAUGCCAGUGAGUGAAGCAUUAGUCAUUGUGUAA